UUAUUGAAGUGUGGAGGGGAGAGAGAAAGAAAUUCCGAGUGCGAGGCACAAAUAACCUUCCUGCUUCUCCUCCAUCCUCUCAUUUGAGCAAAGCCAAAACAACACCCUUCCCAUUUCUCCUUCGUGGCUUUGGUUUUACUAAAUUAAGCUUUGAGAGUAAAAUCAGAACAAGUAAAGCCUAAGCUGUCGCGGAAGCAAUAUUUGUUUUUCAUUUUCUUAAUUUUUGGGACGCAUAACAACUAAAGGGCGUGGCAACUAGCUGCUGGCUUUCAGAAUGGCUCUUGAUGGGAGUAGUAAAGCUGAAGGAGAUGGUGGUACCAAUGCUGGACAUGCCUGCUCAACCUAUCGGGAUGGUUGCUGAUGUUGUAUUUGUUAUUGAAGGCACUGCCAAUCUUGGGCCUUACUUUGAAUCUUUGCGCAAGCAUUAUCUUCUCCCUGCAAUUGAGUACUUUAAUGGUGGUCCUCCAGCUGAAACAGACUUUGGAGGAGAUUAUGGUGGUACCCAAUACAGUCUGGUGGUGUUCAAUACAGUAGACUGCGCUCCUGAAUCAUAUGUACAGUGCCAUGCGCCAACGAGCAGUGCGUAUGAAUUUGUCACAUGGCUGGACAGCAUUCAGUUUGUGGGUGGUGGUGGUGAGAGCUGCAGCCUCAUCUCAGAAGGUCUCAGUACUGCCCUACAACUUUUUGAUGACUUCAAGAAGAUGAGAGAGCAAAUAGGUCCCACACAUAAAGUCUGCAUCCUCAUAUGCAACUCACCCCCAUACCUGCUUCCAGCUGUGGAGAGUACCACAUAUUCAGGCUAUACAACAGAAAAUCUGGUUCAAAAGAUUGGUGAGCGGGGAAUUCAUUUUUCUAUUAUCUCUCCACGGAAACUGCCAGCUUUGCGCAUUCUCUUUGAGAAAUCUGUGACAGGGAACAUGUUGGAGACUCAAUUGAAAGACUACAGCCAGGAUCCCCGACACAUGAUCCUUAUCCGUGGUAUGGUACUUCCAGUAGGAGGAGCAGGAGCAACCAAUAACAACCUGCAGCCCAAACAACCUGUAUCCCAGCCUCCCCCAGUUCCUCCUCCACUCCCUCCGGCACAACCACAAGUUCUGCCACAGGUUUCUCAGCCGUAUCAGGUUACACAAUCCACUACUCUUACUGCGGCGCAGGCAGCUGCUCAGUCUGCUGUGGACGCUGCCAAGAACCAAAAGGCUGCUCUAGUCACCCGCUUCCCUUCGUUGAAUACCAUGCAACCAGCUUUCAGUCAACCUCCUCCGCAGACCCUUCCAACAGGCUCCGUUCCAGCUCUGACUCAAAAGCUCCCUGCCUCGUCCCAGUCUAGUCUGGUCUCCACAGUAACCACAGGCUCUGGCCUGCUGGUUCAGCCACCUGUGCAAGCCUCCCCACAAUCUGGUGCAUCAGCCAUGACUAGUGGUGUGCCUCCCAACAGUAUGAAUGUGACUCAGCCAACACAGGCACAAAUUGGAGCACCCCAGCAAUCUAUCCCAAACAAAGUGAUGGCAUGGAGUGGGGUGCUGGAAUGGCAGGAGAAGCCGAAGCCAACUUCUGUGGAUUCCAAUACUAAGCUCACACGUUCCCUGCCUUGCCAGGUGUAUGUCAAUCAAGGAGAGAACUUGAAAGCUGAGCAGUGGCCCCAGAAGCUCAUUAUGCAGUUAAUUCCCCAACAGCUCUUGACAACUCUGGGUCACCUGUUCCGCAAUUCUCGCAUGGUGCAGUUCCAUUUCACCAAUAAAGACUUGGAAUCCCUCAAGGGACUGUAUCGCAUCAUGGGCAAUGGAUUUGCAGGCUGUGUCCACUUCCCUCACACAACACCUUGUGAGGUGCGAGUUCUGAUGCUGCUGUACUCCUCCAAGAAGAAAAUCUUCAUGGGGCUCAUUCCUUAUGACCAGAGUGGUUUUGUCAACGGGAUCCGCCAAGUCAUCACUAAUCAUAAACAAGUUCAGCAGCAAAAGCAGAUGGGGGGUUCUCAGCCCAUGGGGUCCACACCCAACACACAAUCCUUCCUGACAAAGCAGCCUGGCACUUUGCCAGUAACUCCAGGAGUCCAGCAGCAGAUGGGUGGGCAACAGGUGAGCCCCGGUAUGCCUCAGGUGGGAAUCAUGGAAGAACGGCAACAGGGUUUGUUGCAGCUCCGAGUGCAGCAACCUCAGCCAGCUGCCCACCAACCUCCACAAGCACAGGGUCCCCCACAGGCUGGGCCACAGGCCACCCAAGGAGGGGCCAUGCUUAGGCCCCAAAACCCAGGAGCCAACCCUCAGCUCCGAAGUCUUCUUCUAAGCCAACAACCGCCCCAAGCUGGAGUCCCUCAAUCCCAGCAGCCCCUUCACCACCUACAACAAGGGUCUUCAGGAAUGUUACCACACCAGUCCAUGGGGCAGACUCUUGGGCAUCAGCCUCCUGGGCAGCAACAGCUCCAGCUUCCUGGACAGCUUCUCAUGCACCAAGCUCUUGGGCAGCAGUGGCCAGCCCAGAUGGCACCACGGCCACAAUUGCAAGGUCAAAUGUUAAUGAACCCUGGUCCCCGGGGGCCUGUUUCUCAACCAGGCCUGCAGCAGGUUCCUGCCCCCAGCAUCAUGGAAGAUGACAUCCUCAGAGACCUCAUCUGAGGACGCAGGAGGAUAUUCCUCCAAUGUCACCCAGUGCUGAAAUCAUCUCUGUAAAUUGGGAAGGUACUUCCUUUCCAGAGAAUAUUUUUUUUCUCAUUUGUAAUUUUUUUUGUUCUUCUAUUAAGAAAUAUUACACACUUUCAUUGAA